CUUCGUAAUUAAUUUGAUUUAGAUCGAUCGUGACUUCGCAUUAAUUUACUUACUUGCCUGCCUAUAUUGUGCAAUAAUAGAUAGUAUAUUACAAAGUAUAAUUCGUUCUGUAUCAAUCUACAAAAAUUUAUCCCCAAAAUGCGGCCCGCCACGGAAAACAGAGACAAAUUCAAUAUAAAGACCGUCGAAGACUCGUCUACGUCAAAUGGUGAUUCUGUAACUGACGAACAAGGCUCGAUCAAAAUUCCCGGUUCUGAAUACCACGUCUCGGCCGAGAACAGCGGUUCCGGUUAUGGGUCGAUCGAAGACCUCAGCUCUGCCGGUCGCGGUUCGACUAGAGACCGCGGCCAAGGCCAACGGUCGAUCAAAGACCUGCGCAACUAUUCUGCACAGGUCACAGGUCAAGACUCGUCCGAGCACCACGAUCUCGUGGAUCAGGACUCGCAGGUCGAGGGCCGCGGCCGCGGUUUCGCGACCACGGCUUGUCUCGAAGGACUGGUCCGGACCGACGGCCACGGUCGCCGGCUGGUCCUGUUGGACGGCAAUACGGUUUACUGGCGCGAACACCGGUCCGCGUCGUCCGGGAGCGGCCGCGUCAAGGUGAUGGCCGGUCACCGCGGCGGCCAUUAUCCCGCGUUCGCCCGUUACGUGGGCGCCGGCAUGUUGGACGCGGCCGUGGCCGGCCCCGACCACGGCAGACAUCCGACCGCCGCGCAAGUGCUGACGGCCAUCCGGGAAUUGGACGACCGUUGUGGGGUACUGGUGCUAGUGGCCAGCGAAACGGCGGCCGUCCUCAACUACGGCAUCGCCGCCCAAAAGGCCCGCACUCGGGGAAUCAUCGUCAAACUGUUGGCAGUCGGCGAUGACGUUAUCCGAAGUCAGUCAACUAGCGGUGGCCGGCGACGUGGUGCUGCGGGCAUAGUGUUGAUAUGCAAAAUCGCCGGAGCCCUGGCAGCCGGUGGCCACAACCUGACCAAGAUUUUUGCCGUGUGUCAGCGCCUGUCUACGGACCGCAUUGCCACCGUAAACGCAAUGAUUAGCUUAAGAAAAGGGACGUACCUCAAAGACGACAACAGCGAAACUCACAGAAGUGAAGAAAACGUGCUAUUACUGGGCACGGACGCGAAUGGCAGGAACGAAAUUCGGACAGUGCAGACGACGGAUCUCUCUACUAUGGCGUCUGUCACGCUGGACCUACUUGCCAACGACGACCAGCACAUCAUCCGGCGUUGGCGGGACGCUGACAUCGUGGCCAUGGUCAACAACAUGGGUGGCAUGUCAGACCCGCGAUUUAUGGCCAUCGUAGCUGAGUUGACAAGUCGACUCGGCGCGGCCACCGGCGCCCGCGCAGUGCACCGGUGGUACAUCGGCCGGAUGUUGCCGUCAUCCGGAAAUACAGACUGCGGGUUUUCCGUGACCAUAAUGGACAUUGGCAACGCGGCCCUAGGCUCGGCCACCGCCGACGGUCGAGUGUACGGUGGCCUUUGCUACUCUCUGAUAGCUUGUCUAGAUUUUCCGGUGUCCGCUUCCGGUUGGACGUUCACCGGGCUAGACGGACGUCUUGACCUGGCCCAGCACCCCCCUCCCGACUAUGUCCGGCGCCACCGAAGCUGCCCCUGCGACCUCCUGAUGGGUGGCAACGAUCGUGGCGGUGACAAAAUUGAUCAUGAAGAAGACGACGAUGACAAUGAUUAUCCGCCAAGCCCGAUCGUGCCCGAAGACCAAGUGGCAUUCUUCACGGAAGUUUUGAUUCACGUGUGCGAUCGGAUCGUCGAGACGGAGAGCCAGAUGAACGCAAUGGACGAGACAGAUGACGGCGACUGCGGCAGCAACUGGCGACGUGGCGCCGAAGCAAUAAGGGCUUCUGUAACUGCGGGUAAAGUGGACGUGACCAGCCCCGCGAGCACACUUCGCUCAAUCGGCCGACUGCUUGAGACCCACAUGGCCGGCACUCUGGGCACGCUCUUGUCCAUCUUGUUCCGCACAUUCUCACUGUCGUUUUCCAAACACUCUUGCCGCGCGUCUCUCGGGCCGAACAUGUGGGUAGAUGGCCUACGCCACGGCAUAGCGGCCGUCGAGGCGUAUGGCAUGCAUCGACCCGGCGACCGGACCAUAUUAGACUCACUCCUCCCGGCCGUCCAGGGUAUGAAGGACGUCUUGCGCAAGUCCAAAAAUCCGAUUCACCUAUUGAACAGAGCGGUUAGAGAAGCGGACAAGGGAUGCAAGCUGACCGAACACGUGAUUCACAACGGCGAGUCGGCCACGAGUUAUGGAGCUGAUGCAGGUGCAUACAGCGUGAAAAUCGUGUUGGAAGCAAUACUAGAAAAAUACAACGAACGAUCGGUUGCCGCGAUGAAGACGGCGACAAUUAAAAAUUGUAUAUGUCCUACCACGACGUGAUAUAUACGAAUGACUGAUAUCAUAUUAAUAUUAUGUAAUAAACUGUUGUUUUCGCAAGAGUGCUUACGUAGAAACAACAUCACGUCGUAGAGAGGAUCAGAACGCGCCUAACCGACGUAUGGCGUUAUUAUCCCGUUCGGUACUUAUCUCCCCGUUAUUUCCACAGAGUACGAUAAUAACAGCUGUCUCUCUUCGAAAG